AUGAUAAAUGAAGAUGAUGCACGAUGGCCUAAGAAAAAUGUUGUCGGGCGACAAGAAUUAGAGAUUCGUCUUGGAAACGAACAUAUCUCAUUUGAGAGAUUAAUUCUUGCGCAGACUGCAAAAAUUGGGUCACUAGUUGAUGUGCAAGAAAGUGACGAUCCGGAAGGUCUUCGUGUGUUCUACUAUCUAGUGCAGGAUUUGAAGUGUCUAGUGUUUUCUUUAAUCGGAUUACACUUUAAGAUUAAACCGAUUUAA